AUGGCAUGGAAUUUGCAGGGGGAAAACCGCAAGCGGACUUCAAGCCAGAAUGAGGAUUAUGAAUUGAAUGUGGGGACGAAACGAGUUCGACUAGAAAGCAUUUUUGAAAGCCUUAAGUUGGACGAACAGUCCUCCCGUAGCAAAGGCGAUGAAAUCAAACCAGUGAUACGAUAUGAUGUUAAUGAGAAUAUGGCGGUUGGCGAAACAAACAAUAUAUAUCCUUCUGGAUCAUCAGCAUAUGUUGCCAAACGAAUGUUAUCACAAUACCAGGAGAUGAUGCAGAGUCGACAUCAAUUAAUUCGACCUUAUAAUGGACAACUCAUGAUUGCUUAUCGGUUCCAGUUGUGGGUUGUUCGUAUGUUCAAUAAAUUUAUCCGAAGAUACAACGAAUCUCAUCAGACACGAAUACGACCUCUUCAGAGUUACUACAAAUUAAUGACAUUGGUCGACCAACAACAGAUUACCAUGGAAGAAAUAAUGCGAAUUGUUCUGAAAGAAAAUGCUAUCGAGUUACAACGACUCCAAUUAAAAUUUGAUAAACAAAGUUCCAGCGAUUCCCUCGACCAAAGUUGUCUUCAUUAUAAUUAUUGGGUACGAAAUAAUGUCGAUUUAGGAGACAUUGAUAUGAGCGACAGCGAGCCUAAGAUAGUAGAGAUUCCAGAAACAUAUAUGGAUAUAGAUAUGGAAGUUGAUACGUAG